AUCUGCUCCACGGCCGUUGCACGUGCCGAAGCGGACAAGAUGGAACUGCAGGCCAAGUUCGCUGAGCUUCGCGGUGAGCUUUUGGCGGCCGUGCAGGAGAAGGAGGCAAGCAAGGAGUUGAUUGAAACGCUUCGUGGAGAAGUAGCUUCCGCAAGUGUGCUUCCAGAGGUGGUUGCAGCAGCACAGGCCUUGCAGGAUGCGAACGCGGCAUUGCAGUCCCAGGUGGAAGAGCUUCAGACGCAGGUAGAAGUAAAGCAGCAAAAGCUCACGGCCGUAUCGCAAACCCUCGAGGCCGAAACUGCCGAUGCCGCCGCACAGCUCGUCGCUGCCCGAAAGAAGGUCGAGAGUCAUGAGAGUGAGCUCCGGGAAUCUGUGCUCGCAGCGGAGAAACUGCAGGCGACAAACGAUGAGCUCACGACCAAGUUGCAGUGCUCCGAGGAGGCUUUGCAGGACGCCAGGGCGAAGGCCUUGCAGCAUGCCUGUGCAGAAGAACAGGUGGUUGCAGCAGCACAGGCCUUGCAGGAUGCGAACGCGGCAUUGCAGUCCCAGGUGGAAGAGCUUCAGACGCAGGUAGAAGUAACGCAGCAAAAGCUCACGGCCGUAUCGCAGACCCUCGAGGCCGAAAUUGCCGAUGCCGCCGCACAGCUCGUCGCUGCCCGAAAGAAGGUCGAGAGUCAUGAGAGCGAGCUCCGGGAAUCUGUGUUCGCAGCGGAGAAACUGCAGGCAACUUGCUCCAGACUUCUGCACAAUCUGUCCAGUGCCAUGCACAAUGCCAUCAUGAGUGUCGCCUCGUGGCCUAGUGUCCGGCUGGAGGCGACAAACGACGAGCUCACGACCAAGUUGCAGUGUUCGGAGCAGGCUUUGCAGGAGUAG